AUGUUGCCUAGGAGUCGGACUAUGCCAAGCAGGAUUCACCAUGGCGUCGUCGAAGAACGGCAUGAUAUCAAGCACUACUUACAAGUAGAAGUGCAGCCUAAAGCUCAGAAUGAGAGUGAAGCAACGAACACUCCACCCGACUAUUCCAAGUGCUUCGAUGAUGAUGGCCGCUUGAAGAGAACAGGCACUUUUUGGACUGCAACAUCGCACAUUAUAACUGCGGUCAUUGGGUCAGGUGUUCUGUCAUUGGCAUGGGCCAUUGCGCAGCUUGGUUGGGUCGCAGGACCGACUGUCCUUGUACUUUUCGCCUAUGUCAAUCUCUACACUUCCAACCUUCUAGCAGAGUGUUAUAGGUCUGGUGACCUUGUAACUGGACAAAGAAACUAUACCUACAUGGAGGCUGUCAAGGCAUACUUAGGAGGAUGGAAGGUCAAGUUAUGUGGAUGGAUUCAAUACUUGAACUUGUUUGGUGUUGCAAUUGGGUAUACAAUUGCUGCAUCAGUGAGUAUGAUGGCGAUCAAGAGAUCGAACUGUUUCCACAAGAGCGGUGGAAAAGAUCCAUGUCAUAUGUCCAGCAACGGGUAUAUGAUAUCAUUUGGUAUAGCAGAAGUGAUUUUUUCUCAGAUACCGAACUUUAGUCAUAUAGGGUGGCUCUCCAUAGCUGCGGCUAUUAUGUCAUUUACAUAUUCCUCGGUUGCCCUUGGACUUGGCAUUGGCAAAGUUGCAGAACACGAGAGGUUUGACGGAAGCCUGUUAGGUAUCAGCAUAGGUACAGUAACACAUGCUGGAACUGUUACUGGUAUGCAAAAGAUAUGGAGGACUUUGCAAGCCCUGGGAGCUAUUUCUUUUGCAUAUUCCUAUUCUGUAAUCCUUAUUGAAAUUCAGGAUACGGUAAAAUCACCUCCAGCAGAGUACACGACAAUGAAGAAGGCUACAUUAUUCAGCAUCACUGUAACAACUGUGUUUUAUUUACUCUGUGGUUGCUUUGGAUAUGCAGCCUUUGGUGAUCUCUCUCCAGGAAAACUUUUGACAGGGUUCGGGUUUUAUAACCCUUACUGGCUGCUCGAUAUUGCUAAUCUAGCGAUCGUCAUCCACCUUGUUGGCGCAUAUCAAGUAUUUUGCCAGCCCUUGUUUGCAUUUGUUGAGAAAUGGUGUGCUCAAAAGUGGCCAAACUGCAACUUCGUGACGGCAGAAUAUGAAAUACCGACCCCUUUCGGUGGUGCGUAUGAACUCAACCUCUUCCGUCUAGUAUGGAGGACGAUAUUCGUUGCACUUACAACUCUUAUAGCAAUGCUAAUGCCAUUUUUCAAUGAUGUUGUUGGAUUCCUUGGGGCAAUGGGAUUUUGGCCAUUGACUGUUUAUUUCCCAAUUGAUAUGUAUAUAUCUCAUAAGAAGGUUGGACGAGGAACAAGCAGGUGGCUUGCUCUCCAAAUAAUAAGUGUGGCAUGUUUCUUUGUCACAGUGGCUGCUGCAGUUGGCUCCAUAGCUGGAGUUGUGCUGGAUCUCAAGACUUACAAGCCAUUUAAAACUAGUUAUUAA